UAUUGUUCAACACAAAUUGAUUAUAAGGUUAAAUAAAUACUUCUGAUAUUGAAAUUGAAUAUAAUUGAACUUUUAACCAUUUCAGAAUUCUUAGUGUAGUUUUUCUUUAAAAUACUGUUCAAUACUGUGUAUAUUUGUAGAGUAGUUAAUUUACUAUUAACCUGUGUGAUUAUUACAAACAUUGAAAAUACUCAGUUAAAUUAUAUUUUUAUAUAACAUUUAUCUUAAUGUGCAAUUACUAACUAAGAUUAUGGCGUCAGGUUUAGAGAGUUACGUGAAUCUUUCUAUUAUCACUUCUGAUGGCAGAAAUUUUAUUGGUACAUUAAAAGGUUUCGACCAGACCAUUAAUAUAAUAUUGGACGAAUCACAUGAACGUGUUUAUAGUACAACACAAGGUGUAGAACAAGUUGUAUUAGGUUUACACAUCAUCAGAGGUGAUAAUGUGGCAAUUGUAGGAGAAUUGGAUGAUGAGAUGGAUGCACGUUUGGAUCUAUCAGCCAUUAGAGCUGAUCCUCUAAGUUCUAUUGUACAUUAAUGAAAAAUGAUUGAAAUUAUAAUUAUUAUUGCUUGACAAUAAUAAUAAUAAUAAUAAUAAUAAUAAUAAUAAUAAUUUGUAACAAUGAGUUACAGUUGAAUCAAAGUACAACUUCUUAUAGAGCUUAAUUAUUAUACAAAUUUGUCAUUAUUAUAUUAUCCAUAUUUAAAAGAUUUGUGUUUUAAAAAGUGCAUUAAGGAAAUAGAGCAUUAUUUACAUUAAACAAUACAAAAUCAUCUUAGCGAUAGAAUUGU